UCUCUUUCUUCUUCUUUUUUUAAGGACGUACGAAAGCCCUCAUGAACUCAGGUAUAUACAGUGUGUUUCAUUGGAUUCUGUCAUAAUACACACUGUCCGCAGACGAAACUCCAGCUCCAGCCACACCAAGAUGUCUAUGACGACAUGCGCAACGCGGCGCAACGACUACAUGAACCCGGGGACCUAAUCUCUGAAGUUCGGUCACGGAGGCCGUAAACGUCUGACUACCAUCUAGUCAUGAGCCUACCCGCAUGGAAAUCGGUGUCCAGGGCAAGAUCUUGCAUCCGCGUGCCCAGUAUCAGUAUUACAUCUGCACCCACUCUCUUCCGAUACACGCCAGGCCUUCCCGUCGCCAUGAAACGAAGCGCAGCAACCGCGAACCUAACGAACGGGAAGCAAAGCACCAAGAAGCUGAAGCCUGCGAUUCCAGAGUAUCACUUGACGCCAUCGGUGAGAGGCGAAGAUGGCGGCAUCGUGUGGCCUGCGCCAGACGACAAGAUGGAGGCAGCCAGGGCCUUCAUCCGCGAGUGCGUGUCCGCCGGCAAGCCGACUCUCAUCGUGCCCGACAAGGACGCCGACGGGCUCGCCUCCGGCGCGAUCCUCGAACGCACCCUUGUCCUGCUCGGCCUGGACCCGGCGCUCAUCACCGCCUACCUCCCGCCAAAAGGGAAAAACGUCCACGACGAAUCCUGCCGCUCGGAAAUGGCCGCCCGCGAGCCGGCCUACAUCUUCAUCCUGGACCAGGGCUCCCGGCCGUCCCCGCCGCUCGUUGACGGGCCGCAUCGUGGCAUCGUCAUCGACCACCACCACGCUCUCGAGGGCGACCACCCCGAGGGCGCCUUGCACGUCACGGCGUGCGACUCGCCCCCCGUGGCGACGAGCUCGCUGCUGACGUACCUCAUCUGCCGCGACCUCCACGACGGAGUCGAAGGGGCCUGCGACUGGCUCUGCGUGAUGGGGACGCACGGCGACCUGGGGAACACCCUGAAGUGGGAGCCCCCCUUCCCGGACAUGAGGACAACGUUCAAAAGAUAUACCAAAAAGGCCCUCAACGACGCCGUCUCGUUGAUCAACGCGCCGCGGCGGACGGCGUCGUACAACGUCCGCUCGGCCUGGGAAGCCCUCCGCGCGUCAACGUCCCCGCAGGAGCUCCUGGCCGACACGUCCCUACUCGCUUCCAGGGCCGAGGUCAACGCCGAGGUGGAGCGCUGCACGCACGCGGCCCCCAAGUUCUCCGCCGACGGCCGCGUCGCCGUCUUCCGCAUCAGCUCCCGGGCCCAGGUCCACCCCGUCAUCGCGACGCGCUGGGCCGGCCACCUCGCCUCGGCCAGGCUCGAGGUCGUCCUGGUCGCGAACGAGGGGUACCUGCCCGGCCUGGUCAACUUCUCGUGCCGCGUGCCCCGGUGCGCGAGGGCGCGAGACCCGCCGGUGAACAUCAUCGCGGUGCUGGAGGACGCCGCCGGCCGCUCGGGGGACCCGACGCUGAGGGUCCGGCUGGGCGGCUCGUUCGCGCGGGGGCACAAGGAGGCGAGCGGGGGCAUCGUGCCCAGGGCCGAGUUCGAGGAGCUGAUGGCCGCGCUGGAGGUCGGGAAGAAGACUGAGGGGGCGUCGCCGAGGAAGGCGCAGAAGCCGGCGCAGGCCAAUACGUUGAUGAAUUAUUUUGGCAAAAAGUAGAUACCCCCGGGUCAUAGACCAAUACAGGCAGCAACAACAACAACAACAACAUCAAUAACAAUAACGACAUUGACGGUUCCGUCGUUUCGUCAUCAC